UGAACUUACUGGUAUUAUCAAGCCAGUAAAAACAGAAGUACUCAGAGAAGACACAGGAUGGAAAACUCAUGCUGAAUUGUUAGGGCAUGUUGAGUUGGUUCUGUCAAUGCCUGCAGUCAGAUGAUUUCACUGGCUGUGCAAGAUGAAAUCUCAUAUUUCAAUAUAUAAGUGUCAAAGUUCAGCUGAAGCAGGGACAAACACAGAACAAAAUUUGUGUGUGUUUGUAACUAGGGCACCAGAGCAAUAGAGGAAGCCAAAAUGAGCCGGAAAAGCAAAAGGAGUUUAAAGGAGAAAUUUGCCUUCAAGAACAGCUUGGUUAAAGAAGCCCUCUCAGAAUUCCUGGGAACUUUUAUACUGAUACAGCGUGGUUACUGCCUGACAAACAUUGUACAGCCUUGAAUGAACUGCUUCUAUUUAUGAUGCUUGGAUGUGGGUGUGUGGGCCAGUCUGUCCUUAGCCGAGGAGUCCAUGGUGGGCCUAUGACAGUAUCAGUUGGAUUUGCAAUGGCAGUCACCAUAGCAGUGUAUGUGUCUGGGGGGGUUUCUGGUGGUCACAUAAACCCAGCCGUUUCAUUAGCCAUGUGCGUGACUGGAAGAUUAAGAUGGACCAAAUUACCAAUUUACAUAUUAGCACAACUCCUGGGAGCAUUCACUGGAGCAGCGGCUGUCUUUGGGAUUUAUUACGAUGCCUUUAUGGAAUAUAGCAAUGGAACACUUGAAGUCAUAGGACCUAACGCAACAGCACAUAUCUUUGCAACAUAUCCAGCUCCAUAUCUGUCCCUCAUAAAUGGAUUUGCAGAUCAGGUGAUAUCAACAGCUGUUCUUCUUCUGGCUAUAUUUGCUAUUUUUGACAGCAGAAAUAACAGUGUACCUAAGGGCCUGGAGCCAAUUGCAGUAGGACUUCUUAUAAUUGUUCUUACUUGCUCCUUGGGAAUGAACAGUGGCUGUGCCAUGAAUCCAGCGAGGGAUCUAGGCCCAAGGGUCUUCACAGCCAUUGCAGGAUGGGGGAUGGAAGUAUUCACGGCUGGAAAUAAUUGGUGGUGGGUCCCUAUAGUUGCACCUAUGCUGGGAGGCAUACUUGGAGCAGUGAUCUAUAUUGUUUUUAUUGAAAUUCAUCACUCAGAUACUGAGCCAGGAGAAGAAAAUGACAUGCAUGAUAAAUAUGAACUGACGAACAUGGAGUAAGAAGUGAAGCAUUUUCUUUCUCAUUUUGUUAUGCAGUUUUUAUGCAAAUGAUUGUUUGGACCAUUUUAUAAAACCUUUAUGCCUCAAUUAGAAAUUCACAUUUCAAAGGAGGAAAUCCAUAUAGAAGUCAAGCUCACAGGUGAACUCUUCCCAUAAAACAUCAGGCUGACCACAUUCAAAACUGAGAACUUGAGGCUAGAAUGGGUAAAUUGUUCUGUUUCAUAUGGCUUUCAAAUCAAAUUAUCUCCUAGAUGAAACUAGUGAGACGAUGUACUGACCUGUUAAUUCCACACAUGAUCUUAAUCAUGUUGCCUAACUACCCAAAAAUAGAUGAGCUACUGUUACAAAACUGUAUGCAGAUUAGUCAGACAGUUCAGUGCUGAAUUAAUGGGCAAGAAGAUUAUUCACUUCUUAUAACCAUUAUUUAAGAAUGGCUUAUCUGAAAAUUAAAAAUAAUACCCUAACGUCAAUUGAAGUAGUUUUAAAUAAUUUACUAAAUUUUUAUGGAACCACUAAUUGAACAGCAAGGAAUGAACUCAUCAGUGAUGAGGUUUAACAACUCAGAACAUGAUAAAAAGGUAGAAACUGUGUGUUACAAAAUCAACACCAAAGAGACAAAGCUGUAGUUCUGCACAUGUUCUUUACAGCAGUCAUUCAAUUAUUUUUAAACCAUUUACUUGACCUUUAUGCUAGCCAAUAUUAAAAGCCCAACCUAGAAUAUUAACCCAAACCACUUUGCUGUUCUUUCUGGAAAAAAUUCAUUCCUGUGGAGAAGCGCCAGCAACAGUAGCUUAUCCUGCUCAGAGGUCAGCACAAGGCCUGUCUGUAUACGCCUUAAAGAGGCCUGCUGCUGCUGAUUUCCGGGGGUGCCAGGGAGGAUUUCAUCUGCUUUGUGGGAGUAAUUUUUAUUUUGAUAGCAGUAAUUAAAAUUAGAAAGUGAUCUCAGAACUAGUCCUAGAUCUGAAGUCCCCAAGGAAGGCCAGCUCUACAUGUCUGAAGUACGGGCUCUCUCUCACUAAAACUAAAGUGAAGUGGUUGGACAUACACCACUUCCUAAAUAUCCAGCCUUGAAAAAUGAAUUUGUUUCUGCUUAAUCAUUGUGAAUUGAAUGUAUCCAAUUAUACCAAAGUUCAUUUCUAAUAUAUAUUCAUAUAUCUGAGGAGGGGUGACAAGGCUGAUCAUGAAUAAAUAAACAUCCUAUUCAGUGAUGCUCCUGAGCUAUUUUCAUGGCAAAACUACCAAUUCAAUGCACCCAUUUUAGGGUGUUCUUCCCUUUGUAUUCCUUCAACUCUACUUCCUAGAAUUCCACACUAUUUUCUGAUUUCACUCCUGAAGGGAGGAACCCUUCAUGUUGCCAGUAACAGCCUGUGCUCUUUGGUGAAAUAUCCACAGAAGUGGUUUGGGAAAUACUGUGGUCAGAAUCUGCCUCAGCAUUUGGGCAGAUCGGGCCUAUGUCACUGCAUGUCUUUAUUGUGCUCUCAUGUAUGCUUCCCUUCAUGGCAGUGAAGGGACAGAAUGAGCAGGUCAAGCAAAGCUUUGCCUGCUGCAGCAGAAAGUCAGAUGAUGCUGUAUACUUGAGGGAGUGUAAUUCUAAUUUGGUUUUUGAAGAAACUCACGUUGCCCAGAGACCGUAUCAACCCAGUGCAAAAUGCUCAUUUGAGUCAGCAUUUCUCUGCUGUGGGUUAAUUACUGACACAGCUAUUCCCAUCCAUGUUUGACUGCAUUGUGUCAUUAUCUGGAGAGCCACAAUAACAAGAAAGCAGGGUUCACAGAAUAAGCACUCAAGAUGACAAGAGGCAAAUGCGGGAGAAUCAAAAGUACAAUGUGGAAAUUAUUCCUAACUGUAGACUUAUACUGGUGACUUACACUGUGCAGUAUAGUCACCACAGGCCAUCUGGCCUCUAUGUUGUUAAGUUAUACUACGUAAAACAAAAGGGUGUGUAAAAGCAAUUGCAGAAGAAACCUCCUUUUGCUCUCCCUUGCAACAAGUGCUGUCCUUCACCCCUUGGUGGUACCUGGCAGGAGCACUCCCAGGUGGCUGCCAACCAUCUGUGUCUGGAGAAGGAUUACAUAGGUAGGAACAGUCAGAGAUCUGCCCCCAGGUCAAAACACACUUACUCUUCCACUGACACCAACUUCUAACAUGAAAUAUCUGUGCAGGAAAUAGACAGCUGAUUAACCAGAAGUGACAGAUUUUAUCCAAAAUGGUAGGGGCAGGUUGUCACUUAUUGUGCUGGAAAUUUGCAGUAGGCUUCAUAUGCUGCACAAUAUUGCUUCCUUUAAUACACCAUGGAAAACAUGGGGAAAAGCAGAAUACAGGUCAUGAAUGAGAAAGGGACAGUUUAUUUAUGCAACCUACUGAGUGACCAGCCCACAUGUGCUGUGUGUCUGUGCAUUAGCCAAUGUACAGACAAGUUGCAUAUUUUCUCAAAAUUCUCCUGAUCACAACAGGUUCUGCCUGUAAAUCAACAUGAAAUCUUGUUUCUCCUACUUAAACCAUUCCUGUGCAUUGAGUUGCUGUAUAAGUGAUAUUUAAUUACCUGAAAUUACCAACAUGCAAAUUGUAAGGAGUGAUAUGCUAGCAUCCAAGCACAGGGAUAUCUAAAAUAUGCUCUCAACAAAUUGUCCAUUCCUUCUUUGCUUUAAGAACUUAUUUUUAAAAUUUAAUCAUUCAAUAUGCUUGUAAAUUCUCUGAAGAUGUGUGGCACUAAUACCACAAUUCAUACUGACUUUACAAAAGCCAGAAUUCCUUCAUGAACAAGGUGUGAUGGACCCGUCUCACAUUUGAGAUAAUUUACAUUUGCAAGUAUAACAAUUAAUUCCUGCUUUGGGGACAAAACUCAACUGAGUCUUAACUAUAGAACUAGUAUCUCCAUAACAUAAAGGGAACAAUAAUAAUCAUCUCAUGCCUUACACAGACAUCAUGAUCUGUUUUGUGCAAAACAAAGUAUUUUUACUCUGCAUAAACUGUAAUUUUCUAAUAUUAAGUGAUAUUUAGUGGCUGUGUUCAUACUGAAUUAAUACAGUUGGCAACAAGAAACAUGUUUUACAGUUGUAAGAUCUUCUAAGUAAUGAGUCAGUAGUAAUCAGGCUUGAUCAUUUGAAAUGUUGCAAACUUAAGCAACAAUUAUUGCUUAACUUUCUGUCUAGGUUUGUUCUUUUUGAGCAAUGUGCUUUUUCUUUAGAGCUAUACUUUGUGCUGAAGUUAUGUGGAGAGUGCUCCUGCAAAUAGUACUGAGCUAAGGUUGGUUACUUCAUAUUGUUUCAUCAAAGUCAGUGGAAUUACUCACAACAGGAUGCAAUACAGGGAAGGAUAAGAGCUCAGAGAAUCGAGCUCAGUGGAUGGUGGAAACUGUACUUUCUUGUAGUUUUGACUGUGGAUCUGGAUGAAUGUGUUGUGGUUCAAAAUAAAUAGAGUCAAUCCCUAGUAAAUGCAUUCUAGCACUAUUUUUAUAAAAAAAGUCUCCCCUCUGGCACCUAAGGACAUAUUAAGAAAUAAAUAGCUGCCUAUUAUGACCUACAAUUUUUUUAUAGCCUCAUGCUGGAAGAACACAUUGACUAACAAGCUGUAUUCCCAGCGUGGAGACCCUGUGGCAGAUUUCGUGGGUCAGAAGCAGCGCCAAAGCAGAGAAAUGCUCACACUUGAGUAAUGGCCAGUGCUGAGCCAGGAAGCACCCAUGCCAACAACUAGAAGGCCAGAUCCCUCGCCUCUGGACCUUCUCUUCCUGUCUGCAGCCUGCCUAUGGACGCUUUCUGCCACAGCUUUCCCACCACUUCAAUGACAGCCAGCAUUUAGGUGGGAUGUUUUGCCUAGAGCUCCUCUGCAGGGAUUACUUUUAAGGCAUGCAUAUAUCACAUAAGAUUUGGCCUACAGUGCUUACAAAAUGUCCCAAGCUAAUUUAGCUGCCUUCUACUCCACACAUUUGUAACAAGGACAUGCUUUGCUUUUUUCAUUUAAAAAAAAAAAAACAACAAAACAAAACCCACAGGAAAACCUGUUCUGUGGGCACAAGGGGAUGAGGGGAGAACAGGAGCUUCAACUUACACAAAACAAAAACCAAACAAAACCAAACCCCAAAGCCUAACGAGCUCCAUCCACCCCUAGGACUCUCACCUUCCUAUCAGUCUGAUUUUCUGUUCUCCUUUCUCCUACCAACACUGUGUGCUGUGCUGCCUCUAUACAGUACAAUAGCUCUCCAGAGAUUUGAAUACAGCAUGCUUUUCUCAAUUACUUCUGAAUCUUAGAAAGUUCUCAUGAGAGCAAAUUCCAGUUUCACCUCACACCCUUGGUUUUUGGCAGUUAAUUGCAUUUUUCCCCACUGUUCCCACCAAACAAACUUGUGCUGGAAAAUACAACAAUUAACUGUAUCUUCCAGUAACAGAUGCUGUUUUUCUGUUUAGUACAAUUGUUGCAUAAAACAUUACUUCUUUCAAGCAUGUACAAUUUUUAAAGCCUUCCUUUUUAAAACCACUAUUAAAAAUAUCACAAGAUCAUCCAGAAAAAAAGCAUUCUGUGCACAUCAGCCGAUACUUCGGAUUUUUAUCUUCUAGUUUGCAUUUACAGCUUGUUAAAAAAAUAAUUAUUGUACUGUGAAUGUUAGUGUCUUUACGCAUAUUUGCACACUUUAAUGAUACAGUCUCAGAGAAGAGAGUAGCAGGUAAAUAUUUCUAGCCACAGAUGUUUCAUUGUAUAUUUCAACCAGAUAUUAAAGAAAUCCAUAUAGUGUGAACCUAGACAUGACACAUUUAUGUAAUUUUUCUUUGCUGACUACAGCUCUCCUUCAGAAGGUGUUUCUGAGAUGGGGAGCAUGAACAUUCCAGCACUUUAAAUCAGCUAUGAUAAAGCUUUCUGGCCAGAUAAUGCAAUCAGCUCCUUUUCCAUGACAGUAGAGGAAAGACUAAUACAUUCCUUCAUUGCUUCCCUAUCUAAGGACUGAGCAGUCUGCUUUAAAUUAUUAGAAAUCAAGCUUCAGAACCAUAGAAUGGUUAGGGUUGGAAAGGACCUUAAGACCAUCUAGUUCCAGCCCCCUGUCACAGGCAGGGACACUUUGCCCUUUAACACUUUUCCUUUAACACUCUGAACACUGCUUCAACUAUCCAGAAAUCAAAUCAGGAGGUAGGAUCCUGCUGUAGCUACACUGACAAAUAAAGCAAUAAAAAUGAAGAGAGAAAACAUCAAGAGCUGGUAAAACAAUACAAGCCCUCUUGGCCAGAUGUCAGAUGAAAGCCUGGUUGAUAAAUGCUUGGUUACUUCAGAAAAGAGUGUACAUUUUACUGGGGAACACAGAAAUAAAACCAACAGUAUUAAAUAACACCAUCAGAAGAUGGUCUUUUUAUUCACCUGUCAGAAAACUCAUCUGUCUUGGAUGCAAAUUCUCACAUUUUCAGUAUCAACAAGAGAACUGGUAUAGGCACAUUAAUACUAGUAUUUCCUCAGCAUUAGCUACAUAAUAGCUAAUAAGCAAAGACCACUUUCACACCCUCAGAAAUAACAGUACUUCAUUGCACUGCACACCUCUUGUCAGGAAACCCUGCCUGCCUUCCAGUUACUAACAGGGCUCUGAAUGAAAAGGCAACAAAGCAAAAAAUAUGGGAACACUUGAAAAGUCAGCAUCUGAAUAGAAGGAAAUGAACAAUCUCAGCCAGAACCGAACAGAUGCAACACUUUCUGUGGUAUGACCGAGGCAUCAAAUAACAAACAUGAAGCCAAAGAGGCAGCACAUGCUUGGCAACAAACAUUUCUAAUUCAAGGAGUCUGGUGUUUUGUCAAUGCCUUUUAAAAAGACUUACAAAAUAAUUGUAUUUGAGAACAAAAGGACUAAGCCAUAGCUGUAUCAUUUUCCACAGUAAAGGAACAAAAGUUAUUUGAUUAUUUGAA